GUCAACCCGUAACUUAACACCUGUAACAAAGUGGUUCAGGUACAAAGUGAAUGUCAGUAAUCAAAAUCCACGUCACAUAGUGCAUAAUGGAGUACGUGAGAUGAGGAUGUCCCUAUCUGACACUUGGAAAUAGGGUCAAAUACAUCCAACCUGUCAACCCCGAGGUGCAAUUGCAUGAUACCGCCAUUGCAUACACCUGGAUACCGUUAAUUACUUUGCAUUAUGGAUCACCAGGGACCAUAAAUGACACAAAAGGAAUAAAGAAAGACAUCGAAGUAAUAAAAACCAAACCAAAACGGGAAAACGAGCAGUAGGCAAGGCAUGGCAGUGUUUACUCCUCCCCAGACAGCCGAGGGAGAGGGAGAGGAAGGGAGAGGGAGAGUAAAGAGAGAUAGAAAAGGAGGCAAAAUGAGUGGAGACAGUGACCAGAGAGAGGAGAACAACCACAACCACACCACCAACCACCUCAGACAGUAUUUCUUCCCCUCAGAGCCCAUUCCCCGCCUCUCCAUCUCUGACCCCUUGGCCUCCCAGCUUAUUUCCGAGGAGAAGCCGGUGGUGCUGACAGACACGAAGCUUUGCGAGACAGCACUAAAAUGGGACUUGGACUACUUAGCGCAGCACAUGGGCAACGAACGCUACAUGGUGUUCCUCUCCAACAACCACAAAUUCAAGUAUUAUGACGAAGCGAAGAUCAAGCAGUAUAAGACCAACUUUGUCCCCCCAACCAGAAGGGUUGACAUUACCUUUCCAGAAUUUGUCAAAAAACUAAGGGAAUGGAAGCCAGGGGAUGAAAGAGUUUAUCUGCAACAAGGGCUCAACAACACUGUGGGGCAGGCGAUUGUCAUGGACUUCCUACAGUUUAAUUGGCAGUGGCUCAACAUGCAACAAAAGAAAAACAACUGGGGCCCUCUCACCUCCAAUCUGCUGCUGGUGGGCAUGGAAGGCAAUGUGACCCCAGUCCAUUACGAUGAACAGCAAAACUUCUUCAGUCAACUGGUGGGCUACAAGCGGUGCAUCCUGUUUGCCCCUGAGCACUAUGAGAGGCUCUACCCUUACCCCGUGUACCAUCCCCACGAUCGGCAGUCUCAGGUUGAUUUUGAUAAUCCAGACAUGGAGAAGUUCCCUGGCCUGGAAAAGCUGCAGGGGGUGGAGACAGUGAUGGGCCCAGGUGACGUGCUCUACAUCCCCAUGUACUGGUGGCAUCACAUAGAGUCCCUCCCUCACCUUGGUAACACUGUUUCUGUCAACUUCUGGUACAAGGGAGGACCCACUGAAAAAAUUGAGUAUCCCCUGAAGCCGAGACAGAAGCUGGCAAUCAUGCGCAAUGUAGAGAAGAUGUUACUUGAAGCCCUGAGGGAGCCAGCAGAAGUGGGUCCCCUGCUGAGGUCCCUCGUGUUGGGGCGGUACACUGGUGAGGAGGCAGACAGACAAGAAGCUGCUGUGUCUCACCCCAACUAGCUCUCCCUCUUAUUUAUAGUCUGUGUACCUGUGGAAAGCCAGUGUGAUGGUGCCCUCUGUCUGUCUAAGGCCUGGGCAGGUGGUAGUGGGAGGCUCCAGUAAUCACUAUUAUUUUCUCAGAGAUUUUGGAUUACCUCAAGCCACAAACAACACACACUCACACUCUCUACCUUUGCACACACAUACACAAGUAUGCGCACACAAAAUACACAUGGUAGUUCCUUCAGAUCUCCCUCUGCAGAAGGCAGUAAAGUGUUGAUUCCUGUUGUUGAUAGCUUUGCUUUUCCAAGAAACACUAUUGCUGCUAGUUUGUAGGUUUUAGUCAUUUUAAGAUUACUUUUUUAUUAUAAAUAAAAUCAGUUUCUCUCAAUGCUUUCUGCAGAAUAGUAAUAGCAGUGACCUCAGAUGAACUUAGUAAUUUGCUUGCAGGACAGGCAGUUCUUAAGGGAUCUUAGAGAAUCACCUUCCUGCUAACCCACUAUUUGCUGCCUCACCUCUUGUUGUUUCCUUCACUUUACAUAUUCAUGUUAAGAAGCGAGAGAGGGUCUCAGGAACAAGUGUACUUCCUGGGUGUUCUAAAGUUCAGCAGCUUGGUAUUGUCAGUCUUAUGUGGCAGCUUUAUCAGCAUCACAGCAGACUACACUGCCUUGGCUGGUCUGAACUUAAGAGCAUAGACAGGAAAGGGGAUGCUCAAGCAGGACUGUUUCUCAGAGGUUGAAAUCCAAGCAAAUUAGGAACUAGAUUAGUGUGCAUGUGUCCAAGUAUUAUUGUAUGGUUGAUAGGCAUAUUGGCAGCUGUACAGGUAAUCUAUGUAAAAGACUAUAGUUUGCUGUCAACUGUCACAGAACUGGAAGAUGGUGUCUGAGGUUUCAAGUAUGAGUGCUUGUUGGCAGUCAGUUGGCAGUGGUCACUCAGUCAUUCAUGGAGUCACGCCCAAUUUUAUUUUUUAAUAGCCUUUGAGUACAGACUUCCAUGCAUUUGAGUUUGGCAAAGUUCUGUAGUUUAAUGUUUUUUAUUAGUCCAAGUUUUCCUCUUCAAAACAUGGUUGGUUAUUGUCAUAUUAACUCACCUGGGAUGUUAACAGCUUUGUUACCAGUCUAUUAUGACAUGUGUAGAAUGCAUUUCCAUGUUAGUCAUAAUUGCAUUUUGCAUUUCAUGAUUCUGUAAUAGAAGAUGCAGCAAUUGAAUGACCAUCUUGCUCUGCACUGCCUUAGAAAUGUUUUUAACAAGUGCUUCCUGAAGCUUUCCGGGUUUGUAGCUGACUGGCUUGUGGCUUCCGAGUUCCUUUUCAAAACCAUUCUGUUUAGGUAAGUUGGCUGGAGACUGGUGUGACCAUGGUAUGUAAAUAAGUUUCCAUUUACUCUUCUCAAAGCCAAAGGUAUUUAAGGAAAGGUGAUGUCGGUCUGGUAUUGUGCUAGCCUUCAUAUGUGUUGUGUGAAGCAUUUUUUUAAAUACAUCAAGAAAGAGGCUAUUAUCUCUUGAUUACCGAUAGGUUUAAAUUCCAAAGACAUGUGAUAUGUGUUGGUAUUGGCCAUUUCAUCAUUAUCAUCAGAGAAGAUCAUAUUAGUCAAGUCUUCUUUGCUGCUAUAUAACCAUUAAGCGUGAGUCAGCUGUAGCAUUGUUACAAGACAGCUGUUGUCAGUGGGGAUGCUAUGACUGCUACACCACUGUUGCUGCUGCCACCCAACUGGUUCUCUGAGCCCUGUAACCCAGAGCAGUGAUGCUCAUACACCAUCAGACCUGAGGCUAAACCUCUUUAAAUUCAUUAAUCAAUUGAAUUUAACUGUUGUAUUUCAUGGCUUAGGUUAUUUUUUUCUAUCAGCCAAUAGAAAUAACCUCAGCCACUUGGUGACUAUUCUAGAAAGGGGAUGGGGUAUGGGGGACCAGUUGGCCAGCAGCAACUACAGCAAGUCUUCCCUGGGACACAGCAGCAUCCUAAAGGUACAGUGAUGCCCUGCAUAAUGUCCUUCAUUUUUGUCACUAUUGCAGUGCUUUCUGCAGAUUAUUUGGUCAUGGAUAUAUCAUACCAGUCCAGGACAUGUAAUGUUCUGGUCUUUGCUCACAAUUGGCAGAGGAAGCAAUGUAUAAUAUGGAUUCUUAAUUAAGGAUUAGCUGCUAUGCUUGAUGCCUAGAAAAUCCCCUUUUUUACAGUUUAAUUAUGGCAAUUAGGAGUCUCCAAAGAACUUUAAUGUUUGCUGGCACUAUCACUUGAUAUGUGUUCCUCUGCUGAGAGUCGAACUUACCGUCACAUGCUGCCACUCCCUGAAAGUAGUGGCGAGUCGUCCAGCAGUGGUACAAUAAGGAGGGAUUCAGCAGACUCCAAGCUGACCACAGUAUACUUAACACCUUCACUACGGCUGGGCGAAAACAGCGCCCCGCGCCGUAUCCGAGAUCGCCGCGCACACCAAAUUUCAAAUGUCGCUAUUGAAUAUAACAAGCUUUCAGCCAUAAACUCAACACAGUCAUCAUGUAUUAUAAAUGAAAACAUGCAGAAUUAAACGGUGCACAUAAAGAAGCAUAAAUUAAUUAAUAAUUUUGAGAUGUAAGCAUAAAUAUAAUUAUAAAAUAACUUGUAUAUUGGCUAAAGCGCGCCAGGACGCAGUAUACACGUCGUGUUGAAGGGGUUAAGACAGAAAGAGGCUGGCUUGAAUGCUGUUGCCACACCUUAAUAUGAAAAAAACACAUCUCACCCUUCCUGAUCAUUUGUCACUCGUGGGUAAAAGCUUAGCUUAACUUUUUCUCAUUUGUUUUUCUUUUUAAGUUGGUUUGUACUGUGUGAUGCAUAGACAGACAGGUUUAACACUGUCCUGUAAGCACCAUAAAAACUGAAUAUUUUGGUGUGAACAUUCUGGUCCAAGGCACAGAAGCAAACCUGGUGGCUAUGAAGUGUGAUAUUGAAUCAUUGAUCGUUUGUCAUCAGUAGGGAUUAAUCUCCGAAAUAUUUCAGAUUUUGCCUGUGAUGAAAAUGAAUGCUUAAGUCUAAUUGAUUUUAGAUCUUUGUAAUCUGUUAUUCAUUCAUAAAUUUGAUUAUUAGAUUCCAGCUUUCACCAACUUUAAAUUUAUAAGCUUUCUGUCUUCCAUCAGAAAACUGUAUAUAUACAUUAGGCUGUUGUACACAGUUUACUGAUGCAGGACAGAAGAGCUGAUAUAUUGAACCCUUUUGAAGUAAAAGCUGGAAUCUAAUCUUAAUCAAAUUUGUGUAUGAAUAAGAAUUUUAAAAAGUUCUAAAAUCAAUCAGGCUUGAGCAUUAGCUGGAGAACAGUCUAUUGAAUAGAUUAUUUGCUAGGUAAGCAGAAAAUCUUGUUAUGCCAAAGCAUACUUUCUGCAUGACAGUUUGCUUGUGUACGCCUUUGUAAGGUGUUAAGGAAAGCUACAACCACAGCUAAAGAUAAACUGUGAAGUGAAACUACAGCUGGCAUGCAAGGAAUGUGGUGUUGAGAGUGGAAGGCAUUUCAAGUGAUGUUUAGGAAUGUAGAUCUGUAAGUUGAAUAGGAAAUUAUUGUUCUGCUAUUCAAGUGAAUUAUUUAAGUAACAGAAUUAUGCCGAGCCACAUUAUUUCCUGAGGAAGUAGUGCUGAGUAGCUGCACCAAUUUUCAUGCACAUUGCAGUGAACCUGUUAAGUUGCCUCUUCAUUAUUUAUUACAUAUUUUAAUCAGGUAAAUAUAAUACCUUACUAUUUCUGUAAAAUACUUAGCAUAUUUACAUUCGUGUAAACUAUGUUUAUACAUAGUGUAAUGUUAAGUGUUCUAAUGUUUGUAAUGUUGGCAUUCAGAUGGUUUGUUUCAUUAUAUGGAUAGUUUUAUGAGAAAUACUGGCCAACUUUCAUCAGGGCUAUGCUCUUUUAGGGGCAUGAAUCAUCCCUGCUCUGAACACACCCACCUCCUUUUCUUGGGAACCGCCAGUGUGGCGCAGACAUGACACAAGGUCAUUUAGCCAGGCCCAGGGUUAACCUCUGGUAGGCUGUCCGUGUAGGUGCAUGGAACAUUCUAAGUCUCUCGGAGGAUCAUUACCUACCCCAUCUGUCAGCUGAAACCAGGAGGUUGAGAGUGAACAUUGUGGGUCUCUUUAAAGAUGAGGAGACCUGGUAAUGGAGAGAUCAGUAGUGGUGGUUAUACCUAUUACUGGCCUGGCCAAAACAAUGGUCCUCACCUCAAGGGAAUAGCUAUAGUUGUUUCUAGCUAACUGCAGUCCUCUGUUGUUGGGGUCACUCUGGUUAAUGAGUGUAUGAUGCUGGUGAGGUUGAAGCACACAUUGGGCUCCAUAUCUCUUAUUGCAGUAUAUGCCCCUACCAAGAUGUGUAAACUUGAGGAAAAUAAGCAUAUAGCAUUGUCAGAAUCUAUGCAGGCAGAUGAAGAUUCAAAUCAUUGUCACUUGUGCUCCCUGUCUUACUGUUUGACAUGGACACUGAAUAGUGACUUGAAGAGGCCUUUGGUACCAAGUGCCUUUGCAGGAUCAUGGGAUAUUGCUGGAAUGACUUUGUACCAAACCAGCAACUACUUAGCCCUUAAAGCGCGGGCUUGUUUUGCCGUGCCUGUCUUCCCACGCGGUCAUAUUCAGGCAAAAACAUACCUCACUUCAACCUUUUAUAUCUUCACUACUACUUAAUUCACAUGACUGAAUGAAGUAUCACUGUAAAGUACAUACCCUUAUCUGUCCUUUGACAUUAAGUUGAAGACUAUGACCAUUGAUAGAACGAGUAUGGAAUGUUGAAGUAGAUCACUGAAAGCACAUUAUGAUAGACAGUUUUCCACCCCUAGUGGACUUCCCAUCUAUGAUUUAGUAAUAAAAAGCAUAUCUUUUAUAGAGUUUAUGUGAAACACACCCAAAUAAACUUAACUUCCAGGCCUUCCUGAUGCCCUUGAUGGGGGCUGAGGUCAAAGGUCUUGUGGAUGAAAUUCACCGGAAGGUGAGAAGAGGUGGGAUGUCUAGCAGACAUUUUCUCAAGCUAACACAAGGCAUACACUGACCAAUAAUUAGUCAAGGGAGCAUGGUUGGGUUGUUUGAAAGAAAACGACAUGCUUACUCUACUUCAGCACCAACAAAUUAAAUUUGACGGCGCACUAAGUCAAAAAGUGCCUUGUCGACUAUUGUUGACACCUGCGGUUUGAGCCCAGGCACCAGCUGUCGACACCCGCGCUUUAAGGGUUAAUGAAACUGAAUCAAGGCCUGUUACUAGCUUGGUCCUUGAAUGCUAACUCUGGUUAAAUGGACACAUGGCAUGCUUCCCGGAUGUCAAUCCUGCUCCUAGGGUUGUUUCUGUACGAGACCACUCUGAGUAGAGGAGAGCAAGGGGACACCCACUAACUCUUAACUGGGUUAAGUUGAUCGAUUCUACCAAGAGGGCUUGGCAUGGAAAGGGUGACUGCAUGGAACCUUGCUGUGAGGGACCAUCGGGAGUGGAGGCGGUGGUUGAGUGAAGCAACGCACCGCCUGGCGCAUGCUCCCCAUUAGUUAGUAGCCCUUAUCUUCAAGUAAUAUAUUUUAACUGCAUUCCACAUAAUGAAUCAUCAUCCCAGUCUUUUUCACCAACAAUAAUCUCUGACAGUCGGAGGAAGUACCAAAGAUAUUAAAAUAGGGAAGGCUCCUGGCAUUGAUUGCACAGCAAGUAUGCUAAUAUAUGUAAUGGAGUGAAUGUUGUGGGUAUGAGUGUCUAGCAUGGUAUAGUCCAACAAAUAUGAAGUCUAUUUGGGUGGGGCCCAAACCUCUUCACAGCACUGCUGAAUCACCCCUGUCACUCUCUCCCUCAUAUGUCAUCUAUGUAGUAUUUGAAAUUGUUUCAAAUAUUCUGUAUACAUUAAGAUCUGGCAGUGCUAUGGCCAGGAAACUCCAUGAGCGGGCCCUGCCCAAGCUGACUUCAUAGUUGAGUCAGAUCAUAGUAAGGUGAAGUAUCAGAAGGCUGGAGAAAGGCUGUCAUUGUGCCACAGUACAACAAGAAAGAAGUAGGAUUGACUAUGGCAGUUACAGUAAGAAGCUCACUCAGUGUACCAUGAAAGGUACAUAUAUAGAAGGGUUUUAAGUGAGGUACAUUUAAACUUUGUUUUUAACGCAAAAAAAUAGAUUCACACAAACUCUACCUCUCCUAAAACCCCCUUGUUCUUUACCUACAUUUAUAUCAAUUCUUUCCACCAUCCCAUUUAAAACCCCUUCAUACACCUUUCCUAGCACAGUACGUAAUCCUAUUCCCCUAAGACUGUUAUGAUCAUUCCUUCUUCCUUCCCUUUGUAUAGCAGCACAAAGAUGGAUUUUCUUCAAUCUUCCAGCAAUUCACUCCAUUCCCGUGCUAGAUUACAUACCCAUUGCAUCCACUCCACCUCCACCUGCUGAAAUAGGGGAGGGGUGCCAAUCCAUUCAUCCCUUUCCAGUUAUUAUUGUCAAUUCAUUUUAGCUGGAUGCUGAGUUAGUAAGGAUGCUACUGAUUGGCUAUUGGCUGUUGCUGAUGUCUCUGUCACCCAACACACUACCUAGGUUAAGAAAAUAUCUAGUUUCUUUACUUGGCUCAUCUGAUGCACAAGAUAGGUAGGUAAAUUUUUUUGAUAUCACUGGAUGAAACAGAUCAGCAAAGUAAAGAAAUAGGAAUAUUUUCUGAAUCUAGCCUUGUGUGUUGGACGACAGAGAUGUCGGACAACCCAUACACCAACAGCCAAUCAGCUGCGUCCUUACUUUCUCAGCUUGGAAUCCAGCCAUUGCUCGGAAGUGGUAGUGGGAUUGUUCCUUCAUACA